UGUAGUGGGAGUCGGUGGCUCCAGGAUGUACUCUAUAUUGAUACUAGGGCUGACGGUGGGGGUUGCGCUUGGAGAUGUGAGCCUGGGCUACCACUACGAUAAACCGACCACCUCCUACGGUCUCCCCAUCUACCAAGUCGGCGGCAGCAACAGUGCAUUCAGCUCAGCAUCAACCUUUCCAAGUGGCAACAACGCUUUCAGCGUUGUCUCCAACUAUCCAGUAAACGGUGGCAACGUAUUCUCCAGCAAUAACUACGAGUACAGCGAGACAUCGUCUUCCGGGUCCUCGAGGCCGAGCUCAGGAUCAGGAGGUGUCACGUCAGGCUCGAACUACAACCUCCUCGGAACAGCAGGUAGCUCCGGAUCAAAUUCCCACUACAACACUGGAAGUUCCGGACACUACAAUACCGGAUCGAGUGACUCAAACUAUCACUUAAUCAACUCGGGUUCAUCUGGAUCAGGACUAAACUCCAAUUAUAACUUUGGAGCCGCCUCUACUGGUUCAGGACAGAACUCUAACUACAACUCUGGUUCUGUCUCUUCUACUUCUGGUCUGAACUCAAACUAUAACAUUGGCUCAGUGUCUUCCACCUCUGGAUUGAACUCUAACUACAACACUGGUUCUUCUGGCUCUGGAUUAAACUAUAACACGGCGAGUUCCGUGGCAUCUACGGGAUCCGGAAACUACAACGCUGGUGGCUCCAACUACAAUACCGCUGGAAGUGACAAUUAUAACAAUGCUGGAAGUUCUAACUACAACGGUGGAUCUUUGUCAAGCUCACACUUUAGUGGUGGAUCUGGAGCUGGCUUAAAUACCGGUUCCAACUACAACUACUUGCAAGGGGGCCAAAGUUCAGGAGUUUCCUAUAUUCCCAACUAUCAAACAAUCCCUUCUGUUUCCGUUGAUACCAGCGCUCUUGACAAAAUUGGCAGCUACUACCAAGCUGCAAGCUCUGCUAACCAAUUUAUUUCAAACCACCAAUCAAGCCAUGUACAUAAGCAGGAACAUGUUAAUGUAGUUCAAAGUAACCAACCAGCCCAAGUUUUCAAGCAUUAUUACGUUCAUGCUGCGCCCGAAGAACCAGAAGAACAUAAACCACGUGCGCCUAUUGUUCUGCCUCCUCCGCAGAAACAUUAUAAGAUCAUAUUCAUUAAGGCACCAGCGCAACCACAGCCGCAACCUCAGAUCAUAGCCGUGCCUCAACAAACCGAAGAAAAAACUAUUGUAUACGUUUUGGUUAAGAAACCCGAAGACGCUAAGAACAUUGUACUUCCUAAAUUCGACCAAAAGGCACCAACUAAACCUGACGUAUUCUUUAUUAAGUACAACAAUAAACAUGACUCACAGUCUCUUAUUAACAACAUAGUUAAUGACUAUAAUAAAGGAGGCAUUUCAGCUACUUUCUCUGGUGCCGGUACGUCAAGCUUAACAUCUAAAUUAGGAGAAGAAGAUUCAUCGGUCAAUGAAGGUAGUUCGUCAAGUAGCGCAGUCACUGCAGUAUCUGAAAGUGAUCUAGAUAGCACCAUUCAAUCAGUUUUUGGUAAUUCAAAUUCUGGUCAGUCUGACAGUUCAGUUUCCGUUAGCAGCGUUUCUUCGACUGGUGCAAUAACCUCAUUAGAUUCAUCAGCUCCUACGGAUGUUUCAGCCUCGUCAGUUUCAUCAGACUCGUCAGUUUUAUCAGACUCGUCAAUUUCAUCAGAUACUUCAGUUUCAUCAGAAUCAUCUAACAAUAAUUCACCUUUGGAAUUAUCUUUAAAUUUUGCCUCACAAACUAGUUCAAGCGAUUCCAUUAUUAAUGACGCUGAGGCAAACUUAGCAAGUAGCGCCGACGAAACGAGCGAGUCAAAACCUAGUGAUAAUCGUGCUGGUGAUAACGCUAGUGAAAACAAUGGUGUUUUUUCAAUUUUUAAUAACGUCCAAAAUGGAAUUUCCUCAGGCUUUCAAACUGUACCUACAUAUAUCCAAAAUGGAUUUUCUUCAGGUUCGCAAAGUCUAUCUUCUUACAUCCCAAGUGGAAUUUCUUCAGGUUUGCAAAGUCUACCCUCUUACAUCCCAAGUGGAAUUUCAAAUGGAAUCCAAAACGCAAAUUUUGGAAACAUUAAUUUUUCAACCUUAAAACCUAUUGGUAGUACCUUGACUGCUCUUAUACCAGGAUCUUCACAAUCUUCAGGAACUGGUAAUGUCCAGUCUGACACUUUGCUCUCUGGGUCAAACAAGUUUGGCUCCGACUUUAACUCUGGAUUGGGGUCAAGCUCAAGUUCUACUUUAGGAUCUUCUGGAUCAUCUGGGUUCUCUGGAUCUUCUGGGUCCUCUGGGUCUUCUGGGUCUUCUGGAUCUUCUGGGUCCUCUGGGUUUGGCAAAUAUCAAUUCAACACCAUUUCCACUAGUCAGGGCGUUCCCCACGUAACAUAUGGUGUGCCUAAAUUUAGAUCAUAAAAGACUUUGCUAUGUA